AUGACUGCACCAUCACAAUACGGCGACGCUACCAUUCCGCCGGGGUUCGUGGCGCGUAAGAGCAAGAUUCUAUCUGAAUUGUCUGUUCCCGAUGCAGAGUACACGGAUUUGUCACCGAAGGGUUCGGUCGACGAAGGCAUUCGCGACUUGAUCAGAGACAUCAAUGCUUUGGAUGGCCUUGUUACCACUAGCAGUUGUGCUGGAAGAGUAAGCAUCUUUGUCGAAGGCAGCAAAAAGACAAAUAAGAAGCGAAAGACAGAUAUCGCAGCGGCUGGGAGCUCACGACUUAUUGAACAAGCCGCUGGCCAGGUUCAAAGUCAACAUGAUGAUGGUAAAAUUGAUAAAGAAAAUGAGGAUGAAAAUGAGGAUGAAAAUGAGGAUGAAAAUGAAGAGGAGGAUGCGCUUGCCAACAGAGAUGGCAGGGAAGGUGAUGCUGGACGGAAGUUCGCUCUUUCUGGCGGAAAGGGCGAGGGAAGGUGGUUGUACGUCUCACAUGACCCCGUCAACGACAACAUCAUAUCUUCAUACCAUGAGCUGUUUGGCCUUGUUCCUGGAGACGGAGUCCCUAAAAUUAGCACUUCCGGCGAUACGAAUAUGCGACUCAUUCGCUUUCACUAUGAUCCAAUGAUCUUACACGUUAUGACGGCUACUCUUCACCACGCCCAUCCAGUGCUAGCCGCUGCAUCCCACGCAGGCUUCCGGGAAAGUGGACUCCAGAGCUUGCGGUGUCUUGAGGUCUUGCACAGUAACGGUCCAGAUCAGCAUUCGUCAUCGACGGACAAUGCUUCACACAGCCCAAUUGUUGCUGUUCGCUCAGCUGGAUUGGCUCUUGAAUCCGUUAUUGGCUACUGCGAGCAUAAUAACGAUGACUCGGAACCAUUAAUGCGGAGCCUGGUCACGGAAGAGUAUUUACAGAUGCUCGUGGCUCUCGCCAAUGAAAGAUUCAAAGUCAAUAAGGAACGCGUGGAAAGAUUUCGAUCUAGAUUGCUCAAUCUCUAUGAGAUGGUAUCGAAUGCAACAUCAAAUAUUGCUCAUAGAAAGAAACCUUCUGACUGGGAAGAUUCACAAACCCGGAAGGAGAGAAAGCGACUCGAAGGUCUAAGGAGACAAGCAGAGAAAUUCCGACAAAAGGAAUCAGAGUCAAACCCCGAGAACACAGAUAUUGAUAUGAGCAUAAGUUUUUGA